AUCAUGGCCUUAUGAAAUGUAUUCAUUUCUUUUUAUAAGCUCAAAGUGAGGCCAAACUAACCAUACCAACUUCGGCAUUGCCGAAGCCUAACGAAUGUAAUAAGACGAAUGAGCUAGAGCAACGAACCAACGCAGAAAUCCUCAAGGACUUGACUGCCAAUGGUCUGGUCGGUGACACCAUCCAACCCUCAGUGCCUCUAGAAAAUAUCAAACCGGGUGGUGUGUCCUUCGAGAUUCAUAUGACAACAGUUCGUCCUAACACAGCCAAGGGUCAACGCGUUCCGAAGCCACCUCGCCGUCUUGAGAGCAUUGAGGUGAAGGCCGAUAUGAAGCGACAGCGUACCAUGGAAGAGAUAUCAGCGAAGAUCAAAAUGAAGCAAGAGAAGGCCAAACUCAAACGACAGGCUUUGCAGGAUUCUCGUCAACAGAUGUUGCACGAGAAAUCUCAGAAGAUCAAGGAUGUGUUGGAAGCAGUCUCUGAGAUGAAGAAGACAAAUGUUGUCGAGAAGGUGGUGGAAAGGGAAGAAACAGCGGAUGCCGCCCCUCAAGAAAAACAUGAAGUCCUUGGUCAGGAUAGAACAGACAGAGCUACAGAACUUAAUACAUUAUCAAACGAACUCAGUCAAGUGCUUCAUAUUGAGACAUCUCCUAUUGAAGAUGAGUACCAGGAUAAGAUCAGUACGUACAACGGAAGUGAUGAGAGCGAUGGUGAUGAGAACACAGACUAUCUCAAAUCUCUUAAAAGGGACGAUAAAUAUGACGAGUUCUUUGACGGCCCAAACCAGGAGUCGUUCAUGUUUUAGAGCACUGAUCAUUAGAUCCAUGGAAAUAAAGUCUUAGGAAUAUCAUUCCUUUAUGACUUUAUGAAAAAUAAUGCAUGAUCCAUACUUCCAAGGAAAAUAAGAUGUCAAUUUAUAAAUGCAACGCCAAUUUAUUUGAUACUUCUAACCAGUUAAUUUCCACACCUUCCAAAUGCUAUCUGGCAAAAUUUUACCCAUCGUCUUGGAACGGAAAAAAUAUCGGAAAGAGCGCAGCAGUAGUAUUGCGAGAAACAUCAUCUUUGCUGCCUGAAUUGUUCUGUCGAUAAUCGGAUUGAUGAAGAAUCUAUUAUAUGUGCGUCUAUGUGCAUUGGCAAAUGGCUGAGGAUUUAAAAACCAAGAUUUCAGUUACUUGUUAUAAAUCGAUACCACAGUUCAAUUGAGGUUGUCGAUAAAAACUACUUAAUACCAAAAAAUAUAUAUAUAUUUAGCGCCUACAGAUAGACAGGUUUUGAGAUUUCAUAUAUUAGGCCGACACUAGAU